CGUGAUUGUCGGGCAACAAAAGCCUGAACCUGUAGACAACUUUUUCUCUCUCUACUUCUCCAAUCCUUCACAUUGGUCAAGUCAAGACCCUCAGCUUCGAGUUUAGAUAACUUUUGCGGGGGCGCGUUUCUAUUACCUAGAAUGCCGAGGCAGAGGCUGCGCACAUUUUGGAAAAGACGCGACCAGAAGGCUGGGCCUGGAGAAGGGUCCUACGGCCUCUUUGAGUUCCCCGCCCGGCCAGGACAGCCCAGACUAAUUUCACUCUCCCCGGAUGCCAAAUUCGUUGAUAUCAUUGCCGUCCACGGCCUCGGAGGGGGUUGGCGGACGACGUGGAGUUCUAACAAUAGUGAAGACUCUGCUAUAUGGUUACGUGACCGUCUACCAGAGGUUCUAGCCCGUAUUAAUGUGCGACCUCGUAUCCGAGCUUUUGGCUAUGACGCCUCUUUUGUGUUUACGUCUUCCACGUCCGACCUUGAGUCUUGCGCACAAGACCUACUCACUAGAAUACACCUCGCAAGACAGACAGAAGAAGAAAAACAGGCCCCGAUUAUAUUUAUUGCGCAUAGCUUAGGUGGACUUCUGGUGAAACUUAUGACGAAUAUCAUCAAGAUAUUCUCAGCAAAACAGCCGGUUGUUUAUUCCUUGCGGUUCCAUUUCACGGUGCCGAUGCUGCCUCUUGGGCCGUGUUGGGUUCUCGCAUAGCCAAUGCCCUGUCUCUAGGCAUGGUGGGAAACUCAAGAAUCCCCCGCUCCCUAAAAAGGAGUUCGAAUGACUGGAUGAAGAUUUCAAGAGACUUUGUCCAGAGGGGAAGGAAUAUGGUAUUUAGGAGUGCAUAUGAGACGGAGAGAAUAGGAAAUAGUUUUGGUCGUUGAUGAAGCUUCAGUACGAAAUAACACACCCAACGAAAG